AUGAUUCCUUCCCUCCGCGGCAUGCUCCGCGGUCUACUCACUAGGGGUACCGAAGGCCGCCGUAGGCGCCAUGCCAUUCACAAGACCGCGCCCGUCCCCGGCGCUGCCGUUGCCAUCGUCUUCUUCGCCACCGGCACACUCUGUUUCGUUUUCCUCGGCCCCCUCCGAUCACCACCCACACCCACCACCACCUCAUCAUCCGGCAAGGCCGCCGCCACGGCAUGCGACGCCACGCGGGGCGAGUGGGUCCACGACCCAAGCUUGCGGCCGCACUACACGAACGCGACGUGCGGCUUCAUCCAGGACUACCAGAACUGCAUGAAGCACGGCAAGCCCAGCCUCGAGUUCCUCCAGUGGAAAUGGCGACCCGACGCCGCCGACGCCGGCUGCGGCGAGCUCAUGGAGCGUUUCGACGCGGCGCGGUUCUUCCGGGCCGUGCGGGGGAGGUCGAUCCUCUUCGUCGGGGACUCGCUGGCCAGCAGCCACGUGCUCUCCCUCGUGUGCACCCUCUCGGAGCUGGAGACCCCGACGAAACGGCAUAGCACGGGAUUCGAGCAGUGGUGGUUCGAAGCGCACGACUUCGCCGUCUCCUUCUUCUGGACGCCGUUCCAGAUCCGCUGGCGUCUGACAUCAGACGGCCCGGAAUCGACGGCGCCGGGCCCGGCCCGGCAAGGGGAGGUGUUCGCCGGCCCGAGCGACCUCCACCUCGACGAGCCCGACGAGCGGUGGAUGUCGGCCGCCAAGGAGCACGACUACGUGGUCCUCUCCGCGUCGCACUGGUUCCGGCGCCCGGCCGUGUACUACCGCGGCGGCCACGUCGUCGGCUGCCACGGCUGCAGCGCCAAGGAUGCCGACAACGUCACCGGCACCGAGCUCUCUCCGGAGCACGCGCAGCGCGUGGCGUUCCGGACCGUGCUGCGGGCGCUGGCGCGUGGGGAGCACGGGUUCGAGGGGACGGCGGUGCUGCGGACGGUGGCGCCGACGCACUACGAGAAGGGCGGGUGGUUCGACGGGGGCGAGUGCCCGAGCACGCGGCCGCUGGGCCGGGACCGGACGGCGGAGAUGGUGGAACCAGAGGCUGGGUUUUACAGGGCUCAGGUGGAGGAGUUCAGAGCGGCGGCGAAGGAGGCGAGAAGGAGCGGCGGUGCCGUGCGGCUCAGGCUGAUGGAUGUGACGGGGAUGAUGCUGCGCCGGCCGGACGGGCAUCCAGGGCGGUACGGCCAUGGCCCUGGCCAGCACGAUGGGUUCGACGUCGAUUGCCUGCACUGGUGCUUACCGGGGCCGAUCGAUGUGUGGAACGAGCUGCUGCUUCAGAUCUUGGACGGUUAG